AUGGAUGAGUUAGAAGAGCCAAGUGGAGAAGUUAAUUCUGAGGAUGCUCUGUGCAAAAUCGUUAGAGGAGAAAUUGAUCCUGAAUUAAAUUAUGUAUUUGAGCUCAGAAACUUCCAGAGAAAUGGAGAAGAUGAUUUUACUUUAUGAUUGGCUACCACGACAUUGGCAAAUCAUUUUGAAGAUUUAGGAAAUUUUGAUCUGGCUGCUAAAUAUUUAGCGUUAACGUUUUAUCAUUACCCUGAAGAUCAAGAUAUUACGUCAAAACUUCAAGAGGCUGGAUUUUUAGAAAACGUAAAAAGCAUUUAUAAUAUGCAGCAAGGGAUGGAUUAUUUUAUAGAUCAUGUCGUUCAUUUUAUGAAGCAAGCAAUUACUCUUUAA